CUCAAUUAUCAAAAGGGAUUGCAGUCAGUCUAAAGCAAACAAUUUAUCUCGAAUUCGCUAGCUACCUUUGGCACACGCAAAUACUAGUUUUAAGUUGGUUGUCAUGUCACUGGCUUAUAGCGUUGCAACGGAUGUUUAUAGUAAUAAUUGCUUGCAAGUGUUUUUACCAGGACGUUAUUAGCCUGCUACGCUUAAGGCUGAUCGACCCAUUUGAUCAGCUCCCAAGAGAUCAUCGGCAUGACCUGACAAAUUGUCCCUCUUUUAUUAAAUUAUGAAUGACAAGCUGGUUUUCCUGGGCCUCCUGUACUUUGUCCAGGGGAUCCCGUAUGGGCUGCAGUCUUCUCUGCUCCCUGUCUACCUCCGUGGGGCAGGUCACUCCCUUACCCGCAUCGGCCUAACUAAAAUCCUCUACUUCCCCUGGGUGCUUAAGGUCCUGUGGGCGCCUUUAGUGGACCGCGUGGGCACCAAGCGGCGCUGGUUGGUGGCCACUGUUUCUGGCCUGGCUCUCACUUGCCUCUCCAGUGCUGCCUUAGCCCCAGAGGCCCACAUCUGGGGUGUGGCAGGAACGCUUCUUGCCAUGAAUGCCCUGGCGUCAGUUCAGGACAUUGCAGUGGACGGAGCUGCUGUGGGACUGCUCAAGGGCCGCAGCGAGCUGGGUUUCGGCAACACAGCCCAAGUAGUGGGCUACAAGGCCGGCUCUGUGUUUGCCGGGGGCGGGCUCCUAGCUGUGAUUGAUGUUGCUGGGUGGGGACCUAUGUUCAUGCUGUUGGCCUUUGUUUACUUUGGGGUGGCACUGUUUGUGUGGGGGGCCCCCAUUCUGGACGACGACCUGUUGAAAGGCCAGGCAGAGGCGAGGAGGGGAGUCCAGUCCGACGCUGUGCAUCCCUGGAGGGUGUGGCGAAAGCUGCUGUCCGUACCCGGGACACCCUGGACCAUGCUCUACGUUCUCACAUACAAACUGGGUGAGCAGGGUGCCGUGACCAUGUUCCCCCUCUUCCUGUUGGACCAUCACAUGACUGCACGGGAGCUGGGAUUCUGGAAUGGAGUGAUUGCCAUGGGCUUCUCCAUCUGUGGCUCUUCACUUGGUGGCCUAUUGCUCUCCCGGUUCAGCAUUGGUUCUCUAAUGAGGCGGGUCUUUGUGAUGCGGACGGUCAGCAUGAUCUUCCAGAGCUCCCUCCUGAGCGUGCUGGAACCCUCCCCGCUCAUGAAAGCAUCAGAUCAGGCUCCACUGAUAGACGCUGCGCCGCUGAGCUUUCGUCACACCAGCCAUCCAGAAGGAGGCUUUGAGUAUGGCCGUGUUGAGUUUGAGCGUUCAGCACUUCCUAGGCGGCCUCAUCACCACGCUCACCUUCACGACCAUGAUGCACUGCACACAGAGGGCGGAGGAGAGCGUACAGGCCACCCACUACAGUUUCCUGGCCACUUUGGAGGUGCUGGGGAAGCUGAUGUUUGGUGCGCUGGCUGGGAGCAUGGUGGACUGGCUGGGUUUCCCUACUGCCUUCCUUUUCUUCUUAGUCCUCUCGGCCGGGACCGCUCUCCACGUCUGGAGGGCCACUGACAUGGGCGCCCUCAGGGAACAGUACAAGGAACAGCCCAAGUGAUGAAUGAUCUCCCAGCAGAUCGCCCCAGAACCUGUAUUAUGUUUAUUAAGCCUUGUGUAUUCCCGUUAAUGUACUGCUAUGUCAGCAUUGUUUUAGAUUUCUAAAAAGCAAAACUUAUUCUUCCAGGAAUGACAGGUAGCUACAUUAUGCUGUAUAUGGAGGAAUGGAAUAGAGGGAAAAGUCAUUACAGGGAUACUGUCAGAUUCUUUGAAAAAAAGUUUGUGUUGUUGUUUCUGUCCACCCUAAGUCAAAUAUAGCCUUGCACAACUGAGGGUAAAAUACUCUUCUCGAAAGCAGGCAAAUAGACCCAACCAUUACCAAGCUUGGUGAUUAUCAUUUUGUACUUUAAAUAUUGUUUACAAGUAGAUAUUAAACCAUACCAUUUUGUUUA